AUGGCAGCUCUACUGUGUAAGAUGGCCCGAUCAAUCAGACUAGGAACGCUCAACCGCCGUCUUGCCCGCAUCCCGCCCUACCUGUCGUUUCUAUGCAUCGUCAUUGGCGUCGCCUGGUUGUUGCUGCUUCCGCUCGACGACUAUUCACGCCGCACCUACGUCUCCGAGAACGCCAUCCUUCCCGGCCAGGUUCACACCUACUUCGGUGGUAGCGAGCACAAUGUCUUUCGCGCAUACAGACAGGAAGUGGCCUUGAUGGAUGAGCUCUCUUCCCAAGACCGUUCUCAAAAGUUAUACCACAUGCUGGCCGCCAACGGUCUGAAACCCCAUGUCCAGAACUACUCCUACUCCAUCUCGGGCCAGAACAAGACGGGCCAGAACGUCUAUGCACUGCUGCAGGGUCCGAGAGCAGAUGCCACCGAAGCCAUGGUCUUGAUCGCUGCGUGGAGGAACAUGGACGACAAGAUCAACUACAGUGCUGUCGCCUUACUCCUGACUCUGGCAAGAUAUUUCAAGAGGUGGUCCAUCUGGUCAAAGGACAUCAUCGUCAUGAUCCCCUCGGACAGCACUUACGGCCCCCACGCCUGGGUUGACGCCUACCACGACACACAUGACACCACUGCAGUGCAGCCCCUGAACAUCAAAGCAGGCGCUCUUCAAGCUGCCAUUGCUAUCGAUUACCCCGCUGGUCCGUGGGGUCAUCGUUUUGACAAGCUGCAUGUUGUAUACGACGGCAUCAACGGUCAAUUGCCCAAUCUUGAUCUUGUCAACACCGCCGUCAACAUCGCCCAGGGCCAGCUUGGCAUUACUUGCACCAUCCAGCGCAUGUGGCAUCACCAGGACAGCUACCGCGAGCGUCUCGACACAAUGCUCAGGGGUAUGAUGAAUCAAGCUGUAGGUCAUGCGACCGGUCCACACAGUGUCUUCAUGCCUUACCACAUCGAUGCUAUCACUCUGCAGACGGUUGGUGAUGGUUGGCACGAUGAGAUUUCACUCGGAAGAACUGUCGAGAGUCUUUUCCGCAGCGUCAACAAUCUCCUCGAGCAUCUGCACCAGAGUUUCUUCUUCUAUUUGCUUAUGCAAGCCAACCGCUUCGUGAGCAUUGGUACCUAUCUGCCCAGUGCCAUGCUCAUUGCAGUCAACUUCACCAUCACUUGUAUAUUGCUCUGGGUCCAGAGCGGUCGUCCAGAACGUCAAAGCCCCAACCCAGCCUCGCCUAAGAGCGAGAAGAAGCCUGAGUUGACUCUUGUCAAGGAAGGUGAGAGCGUAGCUCUGGUACCAUCUGUGGAUCUUGAAGUGAUCCAAAGGGAUCUGUUUAGCCCUUUGGCCAUCGUACUCGGCAUUCAUGCAUUAGGUCUGGUGCCGUUCUACGUUUUGAACCAGAUUCCGGAAGAGACAUCGAUGACAGUACUCGCGGCUCUUGUGGUACCCACCAUCACCAUGCCCGCAAUCCUCGCAUUUGCUCUUCGCAGCACUCUUGAACUUCCGCCUCAGACGUUUACUCUCAUACAAUGCUUCUCUCUACUUCUGCUCGGUGCUGCUCUCUCCACUCUCGCUACCCUCAACUUCUCACAAGCUCUUUUCGUCGGACUACUCGCCUCUCCGUUAUCAUUUGUCCGACCCUUCUCUCCCCCGCGGACAUGGCCAGUUGGCGUAAAGGUCGUACUGGGAGUCUUGUCUGUGGCGGUCAUGAUUGCGACUUCACCGCCAGCCGCAUUGCAUGUCCUGGGGAUGGUGACAGGCAAAAGCUUCGAUGAGGUCAUUGCAGCUGCGGCGUGGGCUUGGAGAGUGGAAAGAGUGUGGACAGGAGUCACAGUGUGGGUCUUAUGGUGGCCGGCAUGGACUUGCGAGUCAUCAAAAGUAUAG